UAUAGAUGGUGUUCCCACACGUAAUUUCACGGCAUUUCGACGACCAGAGCAUCGGGCAGUGUUGAGCAUUAACUUGCAGUUUCAGUUUCUCUCAACUCGCAUUUUCCUGCAGCUAUCUCUUGUUUGACGCAUUUUGUUUCGUGUAAUUGAAUCAAUAAUCGAGUUCUCCGGACCUUCCGGAACAGCAAAUGACGCCGCCAAUUCUCUCGUUAGCUCUGCCGUCGGCGACUGGUCGAGUUCUCAGUAUUCAAUCCCACACUGUUCAGGGAUAUGUCGGGAACAAAUCAGCUGUUUUCCCUCUCCAACUAUUGGGCUAUGAUGUAGAUCCAAUAAAUUCCGUGCAGUUCUCAAACCACACAGGAUAUCCGACUUUCAAGGGCCAAGUUUUGAAUGGAGGACAAUUAUGGGACUUAAUUGAAGGCCUCGAAGAAAAUGAGUUGUUGUACUAUACUCAUUUGUUAACAGGUUAUAUUGGUUCCGUUUCUUUCCUCAACACAGUGUUAAAAGUUGUUGAAAAGCUUCGCUCAGUGAACCCUCAGUUAACAUAUGUAUGUGAUCCUGUGAUGGGUGAUGAAGGGAAGCUUUAUGUUCCGCAAGAACUGGUAUCUGUGUACCGUGAGAAGGUUGUUCCAGUGGCUUCAAUGUUGACUCCUAAUCAAUUUGAAGCUGAACAAUUGACUGGGUUAAGGAUCCAAUCUGAGGGAGAUGGUAGAGAAGCUUGUAACAUUCUUCAUGCUGCAGGACCUACAAAGGUUGUGAUAACAAGCAUAAGUAUGAACGGUGAACUUCUUCUCAUUGGCAGCCAUCAGAAGAAUGAGGGCCAAUCUCCUGAACAAUUUAAGAUCACAAUUCCCAAGAUUCCUGCAUAUUUCACGGGAACUGGUGAUCUUACGACUGCACUUCUUCUUGGUUGGAGCAAUAAAUAUCCUGAACACCUUGAUUUGGCGGCAGAGCUUGCAGUCUCAAGUUUGCAGGCAGUUCUGCAUAGAACAAUGAAUGAUUACAAAAGUGCAGGACAUGAUCCUGAAUCCAGCAGUUUGGAGAUUCGAUUGAUUCAAAGCCAAGAUGACAUUCGAAAUCCAAAAAUUAAAUUUAAAGCUCAAAGGUACGAUUGAGUUGGCGUUCUUCUCGAACAACAUUUUAGGUACAUUGCAAGACAUCUCUAAACCUUCUUUUUUAUUCAGUUUCAUAACCCCCGAAAAAUAUUAUUAGUAAUAAUACUAAUAAUGAUACUGCAUGAAGGGAUUAAGGUUGAAAUUAGUUUACGCCACCUUCCCUGCAUUUAUUAAUA